CGCGUCAGGAAGAUGGCGUUGCGUCUGCUGUGGAGAGCUCUCCAUGGAACGGCGGCGGCGGCGCUGCCGAGGCUGAAACCAUUUCUGGCAGCUGAUGUGCCCAGGCUUGGAUAUAGUUCGUCAUCCAAUCACAGGUACAUUCCCCGGAGGGCAGUGCUCUAUGUACCUGGAAAUGAUGAAAAGAAAAUAAAGAAGAUUCCCUCCCUGAAUGUAGAUUGUGCAGUGCUCGACUGUGAGGAUGGUGUGGCUAUGAACAAAAAGAAUGAAGCUCGACUGAGAAUAGUAAAAACGCUUGAAGACUUUGAUCUGGGCCCAACCGAAAAGUGUGUGAGAGUCAACUCGGUGUCCAGCGGUCUGGCCGAAGAGGACCUGGAGACCCUCCUUCAGUCCCGGGUCCUUCCCUCUAGCCUGAUGCUGCCCAAGGUGGAAAGUCCUGAAGAAAUCCAGUGGUUUUCAGACAAAUUUUCCUUCUACUUAAAAGGCCGAAAACUUGAACAACCUAUGAAUUUAAUCCCUUUUGUGGAAACUGCAAUGGGUUUGCUCAAUUUUAAGGCCGUGUGUGAAGAAGCACUAAAGACCGGACCUCAAGUGGGUCUUUUUCUAGAUGCAGUCAUUUUUGGAGGAGAAGACUUUCGAGCCAGCAUAGGUGCAACAAGUAGUAAAGAAACCCAAGAUAUUCUGUAUGCCCGACAGAAGAUUAUCGUUACAGCGAAGGCCUUUGGUCUGCAGGCCAUAGAUCUGGUGUACAUCGACUUUCGAGAUGGAGAGGGGCUCCUCAAGCAGUCAAGGGAAGGAGCUGCAAUGGGAUUUACCGGUAAGCAGGUGAUACACCCUAACCAAAUUGCCGUGGUGCAGGAAGAGUUUUCUCCUUCCCCUGAAAAAAUUAAGUGGGCUGAAGAACUAAUCGCUGCCUUUAAAGAACAUCAACAAUUAGGAAAGGGAGCCUUUACUUUCCAAGGGAGUAUGAUCGACAUGCCAUUACUGAAGCAAGCCCAGAACAUUGUUACGCUUGCCACAUCCAUCAAGGAAAAAUGAUCUGUUAAAUGAAGCUCUCAUCAGUAGGCUCCACGCCCAACGUGGGGCUUGAACUUACAACCCCGAGAUCAAGAGUCACACGCUCCACGGACGGAGCCAGCCAGGGGGCCCUGAAACCUCGUUUUCAGUAACUGCCUCCCUCAGACACAGUCCCGGACCCAGCAAAGGUAUUUGAGCUCAUCACAACUGAAACAACCAGUCAUCAGACGCAGUCAGGAAACUCCACCACCAGGCAAAUGCCACCUUGAAGUGGGCCUCCGUGGCCCCCUGGCUCCUGUAGGCCCUGGAUCACCCCCUAGAUGUAACAUUUUGCGUGACUGCCCACUGAGGACUGGUCUAAGUGGCUGGAGAAUGUCUUGGGUGGUCUAAAGGUAGGAAUCCAGUGGAGGGAGGAGGGAGCAGGAUGUAGCCCUCGAGGACAGAGGGGGCACUCACCAAGCUCUGUUAGCUCUCUGGGCCUCCUCUUGGCUCCAGCCUCACUGCUUCAGCCCCUCCUCCGUCGCCUUUAUUCUCUGUCUCCUCGCUCCUCUCUGGUCUCUGUGUCUGCUCUUGGUCUGCUUCUAUUUCGCUUUUCCUUAUAGUCUUUCUUUCCUACCUCCCCUUGCCGUUCCAAAUGCAAAAUCAACAAAUGUAGCAGAGAAAACAAAACGGGGUAACAAUUCUUUUUCUAAUUCCGUGUCCAUGUUUUGGAAGUAAAUCUAGCAUCCUAAAUCGGGAGCUGCUUGCAGGAUGCUCCAUAGCCUUUCAUUUACUGUGAACUUGGCACAGGAAGUUUAUUAGCCCAUUUUACUGCAGAGAGCCCGAGUGCAGGGGACAGCUAAUAUUGUACUUUGGGAAUCAAAGUAGAAAUGCCAAUGAGGCUGCUAAUUAUUCAGUAAAUUAAAUAUUGCUGCCAAAACUGCUAUUCCUAAUGUCCUGCAUUUGAUCUUGCUGUCCUAAUGCAAAGGCAACAUUCAGAUUCUAUUUAAGCAAUAAAGAUGA